CUUCUUUCCCGGUAGUUACGGAAAAGCUGUCCAUCUUGUUCUCCGGCAUUAGCAAGAACUGAGAGUUACCAGCACGGAAAUUAUUGUUAACGUUUGCGGAUUUAGUUUCAAUUUUGGACAUAUUAUACACAUAUGUAUAUCCUUUCAAUAUUCCGUUAACGAUCGUAAAUAUACAAACGUUGGAACCGGUUUAAUGGCGAUAUAUUGAGAAGAUCAGGAGUAAACCUGGUUGUAAGCGUAGGCUAGUUUUAAGCUAUUCAGUAGCUAGCUAGCUAUCAUAGCGGAUUAUGAUGGCAAACAACACGGCUUUAGCGACUGUGAAUCAGCCGCAGCAGGCCUUGAAUAAACCCGCUGCGUCUGGAAAACACGGAAAUGUGUUGCCUUUGUGGGGCAACGAAAAGACAAUGAACCUAAACCCAAUGAUUCUCACGAACGUGCUAUCUUCGCCGUAUUUCAAGGUGCAACUCUAUGAGCUGAAGACUUACCAUGAGGUCGUGGACGAAAUCUACUUCAAGGUAACGCACGUAGAGCCGUGGGAGAAAGGCAGUAGGAAAACUGCGGGCCAGACUGGCAUGUGCGGAGGGGUCCGUGGUGUUGGAACCGGAGGCAUCGUCUCCACUGCAUUCUGUCUACUGUACAAACUUUUUACCCUCAAGCUCACUCGUAAGCAGGUGAUGGGACUCAUCACACACACAGACUCGCCCUACAUCAGAGCCCUUGGCUUCAUGUACAUAAGAUAUACACAACCCCCAGCUGACCUAGUGGAUUGGUUUGACGGCUUCCUUGAUGAUGAGGAGGAGCUGGACGUGAAGGCCGGAGGUGGUUGCGUCAUGACCAUCGGAGAGAUGCUGCGCUCCUUCUUAACCAAGCUGGAGUGGUUCUCCACUUUGUUCCCACGCAUUCCUGUGCCUGUCCAGAAGGCCAUUGACCACCAGAUGAAGAGCCGGCCCAGGAAGGUCCCUCAGCCCGAGUACCAGGAGCCGACCCCGGAGGAGCCCGCACGGCAGGCCGUACGCCGGCGCUCCAGGACUCCCAGGAGGACGCCGAGCCCUCGCCGGUCCCCGAAGAGGUCAAGGAGCAGGAGCCACCACCGCGAGGGCCGGGGGAGAGCCAGCUUUGACCGGGAGCUGGAGAGGGAGCGGGACCGGCAGAGGAAGGAGCGGGACGUGGGGGACAAGGACAGAGACAGGGGGCACAGGGGGGACAGGGGUGGGGACAAAGACCGGCGGCGCUCCCUCAGCUUGGAGCGCCGGCGCAGCCGGAGCAGGGAGCGGCGGCGAAGCCAGAGCGCCAGCCGCGACAAGAAGAACGACCGCCGGGAGAAGGAGAAGGAGAGGGAGCGGGAGGGCGAGGGCAACCGGAGCCGGAAGAAAGACCGCGACCACAAAGACAGGGACGGAGAGCGGGAGAGGGAGGAGCGGUCCAAGGACAGAAAGCAUAAAGAGGACAGGGAGGAGAAGAGAGAGAGGGAGGAGAGGAAAGCAAAGAGAGCCAGCCGAAGCAAGAGCAGGGAGGGGAGACGCAGGAGCGAGAGCAAGGGCCGGGCGGACAGGGAGGCUAGGAAGAGAGACGGCAGCCGGAGCAAGGAGCGGUCGAGCAAGCGCUCCAGCGCAGAGCGGGCGCACCGGCGCAGCCGCAGCAAAGAGCGGUCCAACAAGCGCAGCCACAGCAAGGAGCGGUCUCACAAGAGCAACAGCAGCAUCGAGCCUUCACACAAGCGCAGCCGCAGCAAGGAGCGGUCGCACAAGAGCAACAGCAGCAUGGAGCCUUCACACAAGCGCAGCCGCAGCAAGGAGCGGUCGCACAAGAGCAACAGCAGCAUCGAGCCUUCACACAAGCGCAGCCGCAGCAAGGAGCGGUCGACCAAGCGCAGCGGCAGCAAGGAGCGGUCGAACAAGCGCAGCGGCAGCAAGGAGCGGUCGAACAAGCGCAGCGGCAGCAAGGAGCGUUCAAACAAGCGCAGCGGCAGCAAAGAGCGGUCGAGGAAGAGUAGCCGCAGCAAAGAGCGGUCAGACAAGCGAAGCCGCAGCAAGGAGCGGUCACACAAGCGCAGCAGCAGUAUAGAGCGGAACAGGCACAGCGGUAGCGAAGAGCCCAAACGUAGCCACAGCAAAGAGCCGUCGCUCCAGAAGGAGCCCACCAAGGGGAACGGGCUCAGUAAAGACGAGCGCGAAAGGAGUGUAAGCUCAGAGCGAAAGGAAGGAUCACUGGACAGCUAAACAGAAUCAACUUGGGACUCCCCAUGCAAUCCCAGAGUUACUCAGUGGUGGAUUUCUCCAGGAAAAGUCUCACCAUUGCAGACUCGUUGGCCGGUGUAGUGUAGUCCAUUUCAAAAGAGAUGAUGCAAAAGUUUUAAUUUUUUUAUGAAACGUUUUUUGUCCUCAUGAUCCAGCUUUGUAAAUAAAGGUCUGAAAAUGUUUUAAAUCCAAUGGAGCAACCACACUGGGUUAAUUUGUACAAGGUACCCAAGUUCGUUGAAAUUGUGAGGUUUGAUUUCAAACUACUUGUGUUUCAGUGUUUUUUUUCCUAAUAAAAUACUUUCUUGAAAGGAGAAA